AUGCUAAACUACGAUUCGCCAACAAGCCUAGCAUUUCCAGUCGAAACACGCCAUUCGCUCGCACUGAUGACUAAUUAUGCAUAUCUGCUUCGCCUUUUCCAUGAAUUGCAGGAGUGUGCAAAAGCUUUGCAACAAGACAAGUCAUCAUCGUUGACCGAUGCAAAAAAUGCCCUCGAAUUUGGCAUGUUUGUUGGAGAGGAGGCUCAACUAAACGAUGAAAAUGAUGCACAGGCAUGGAUCGAUUCACAGCGAGCAGACUACGUCAAUUUCUUGGUACCAUUUUCGAUGUGGUUCUUUUUGUGCCCGAGACAUAAAAAUAAGAUUCACGAUAAGAGAUUUUGGGUUCGAGAAGUUUCCCAGUAA